GUCUCACUUUUAUUCCAUACAUGAACGAGUUUGUGAAUUUCGCGAUAGUUUUUGCCAGUUAAACUCCUCACCAUCGGCAGCACGUGUGUUGGAAGAGCGCAUUCGGAACAGAACGAUGGCCGGGCAAACGAUACACGACCGUCUUUUGGCCGCGAGACACAGCAUAGCGGGCCAGGGCCUGGCGAAAUCCAUCUGCAAAGCCACCACCGAGGAAAUGCUGGGCCCCAAAAAGAAGCACCUGGACUACCUGAUCCAUUUCGCCAACGAGCCGAACGUCUCCAUACCGCAAAUGGCGAAUUUGUUGAUCGAACGAUCACAAAGCACCAGCUGGGUGGUGGUUUUCAAAGCCCUUAUCACGACUCACCACAUCAUGUGCUACGGUAACGAGAGGUUCACGCAAUAUUUAGCUUCCAGUAAUGUAUCGUUUCAGCUGUCUAACUUCGUCGAUAAGACGGGCGUGCAGAGCGUGGUCGGCGCCCGAACGGGCUACGACAUGUCCCCUUUCAUACGCCGAUACGCAAAGUACCUGAACGAAAAAGCCCUGUCGUACAGAUCGGUCGCGUUCGAUUUUUGCAAAGUGAAACGAGGCAAGGAAGAGGGAACCCUAAGAACGAUGAAUACUGAGAAUUUGCUGAAAACUCUACCGGUUUUACAGAACCAACUAGACGCCCUGCUCGAAUUCGAUUGCACGGCCAACGAUUUGACCAACGGCGUGAUUAACAUGUGCUUCAUGCUGUUGUUUCGAGACCUCAUCAGGCUGUUCGCCUGCUACAACGACGGCGUGAUCAAUCUGUUAGAAAAGUACUUUGAAAUGAACAAGAAACAAUGCCGGGAGGCUUUGGAUUUGUACAAGAAGUUCCUGAUACGCAUGGAUCGAGUGGCUGAAUUCCUGAAGGUAGCCGAGAACAUCGGCAUCGAUAAAGGGGACAUUCCCGAUCUAACCAGGGCCCCGAACAGCCUACUGGACGCUUUAGAACAACAUUUAGCCGCUUUGGAAGGCAACACUCCCACCGCCGUAGCCACUCAUAAGACAGUCAAAUCGGCCGUUAGCAAUUUCGGUUCGGCCGUCGACGAUACUUUCAAGCAAGCAGCCGUAGCUGAAGAAGAGGCCGUACUGAACCACUAUAGAGCCACCAUAGGAUCCCCUACGGGCGCCAGCACGAAUCCUUUCUUAAGCGACGACAGCGUACCCAAACCGGAACCGAUACUAGACCUGUUCUCUAACGAUACCGCCGUUUCGGAACCGGUAAAACCCCAGCAAACGUUCAACGCCUUGGACGAUCUGCUUUCGUUGGGAGGCAACCCGUUCGCGGACUUCGGAGCUCCGACAACCACCGGUUCGAAUACCUUCAACAGUACCACGACCACGGUUGGCGACAACAACAUGUGGGGCGGCGUCGUCAGCGCCAGCAACGCGUUCCAGCAACAACAGCAACAGCAACCGAUGGUUCAGGCUCAAACGUUUGGCAAUGGGAACGAUUUUAGCGGAUUAUUCAACGCCGACGAGCCGUCGGUGUUCGAUCCGUUGGGCGACAAUAAGAGUAGGAUGGUUCCACAGCAACCGGUGGUGGCGCAACCGGUCAAAGCCGCCCCGACUAAGAUCCUUACGGGCGAUUUGGAGUCGAGUUUGACUUCGUUGGUGGAGAAUUUGACCAUGGAUGCGGGAAGCAGGGGUUCCCAAUGGAAUUCGCCGAAAAACCAAGCGAGACCGGCCGUAUCUGCGACGGGAAGCGGUUGGCCGAACCAAGGGCAACCGAUGCCUUUGGCCGGUUACACGAAGGUGGGCCAGCCGAUGCAACCCAUGGUGGCUAUGCAACCGAUGGCCGGCCAAUACGCGGUCGUGCAACAGCCCAUGAUGGGCAGUCCCAAGGUGAACGUGACGGCGCAGAAGCAGGAGGUCACCUUCGAUCCGUUCGAUGCUCUAUAAUGUAAAAAAAAAGAAAGUACCGUAAGUUAAAUGUACAUGUUUAUUAUUAGAAGAUGAAAAAUGUUAUAUGAUGUCGUGAGAUUACCCCCUUUUUUUUUGUUGUUCAUAAGUUUGCGGAGCAUUCUACAAAGCAAUUAACAAUGGUUUUUUGUGAGUUAUGAAGUUUCUUGGCGAUUUGUUGUUGUUUCGUACUCUGUCCGAAAAAUUCUUGUUUCGUACCCCUUAUUGUACUUGGUCUAAUGGCAAGUUGUACAUCACUAACGUAAUAGUACUUUAAUCUUACUUAAUUAUCAUAUUUCUUAAUUGUUUUUAGUGUAUUAAUUACUAUUUUAACUAUUUGGAAGUGUUCAAAAGCGCUCAAAAUUGUCCAGAAUCAUUUUGAACAAUUUUAGAAAUGAAUUAAGACUAUUUGAAACAGUUCAGGGCUAUCUAAGAACUAUUCUAAUCUACUGUAAGGGUAUGAAACAAGAAUUAUCAACUGAUUAAUUACGAUACUGUAAGAAGCAAGUAAUCACCUUUUUGAUUACCACAUCCGUGUACUCUUUUAUUUUAAAUUCUCUCGUUCAUUCCUAAAUGUUAAACUCGAUUUAUACUCGUAACUUCAAAUAUAAGACAAUUUAUAAUCCGAUAUGAUUUAAAUUGUUGCUUUCGACCACACUCACUCUAAUAUUAAGCGAACAAAUUGAAAUUAACUCGUUAUAUAUAUUGUUUUGAAAAGUUAAUUUACUUUACGAAUGAUCGGUUUCAAUUUCAGUUCGAUGAGAUAUUAAUUUAUCGAUAUCAAUCGUUCGAAGAGCGGCCUACGUAAAAUGAUCUCGAACGAUUGUUAUCGUGAUGUAUCCUAUUCAAUUUAGUGAUGUUCUUUGUGAUAUUUUUUUAUGUAUAUAAAAUGUGAUCUCUUUCUAGCGAAACUUAUUACUUUAUUUUUGUACUGUUUAAUUUUAUUUUAAUCUCGAAUGAAAAAAACAAACAUUUAUAUUUACAUUGCAAUUGUAUAUUUAUUUAUCUUUUGUUUCCACUGUAAUACUUAUUUA